AUGAAGCUCCAGGCUGCAGGUUUGGUCUCCGUGUUCCUGCUCUCUCUGCUCUCAGCUGGGUGCUGGGGCAGGAACGAGGAGGAGCGUCUGAUCCACUACCUGUUCAAAGAAAAAGGAUAUAUUAAAGAGCUGCGGCCUGUGGAGAGGCAGCAGGACGCCGUGGACGUUUACCUCGCUCUCACACUCUCUAACCUCAUCUCCCUGAAAGAGGUCGACGAGACGCUCCUGACGAACGUAUGGAUCGAUCAUUCGUGGACCGACUACCGGCUGUCGUGGAAUGUGACGGAGUUUGACGGCAUCGAGAUGCUCCGUCUCCCGUCCAGCAUGGUGUGGCUGCCAGAGAUCGUGCUGGAGAACAAUAACGACGCUCAGUUCGAGGUGGCUUACUACUGCAAUGUUCUGGUGGAUUACAGCGGUCUCUGCUACUGGUUACCUCCCGCCAUCUUCCGCUCCUCCUGCUCUAUCAACGUCAACUACUUCCCCUUUGACUGGCAGAACUGCUCACUCAAAUUCGUCUCUCUGACCUACAACGCCAAAGAGAUCAGGAUGCUGCUGAAGGAGGAGGCAAGUGAUGAUGACAAAUACACAGUGGAGUGGAUCAUCAUCGACCCUGAAGGCUUCACUGAGAACGGCGAGUGGGAGAUCAUCCACCGGCCGGCCAGGAAAAACACUUACAAGCACAUUCCCAUGGAGAGCAACAAGCACCAGGACAUCACCUUCUACCUGGUCAUCAAACGCAAACCUCUCUUCUACAUCGUCAACAUCAUCAUCCCCUGUGUGCUCAUCUCCUUCCUGGCCUCCCUCGUCUACUACCUGCCCGCUGACAGUGGUGAGAAGAUGACCUUGUCUAUCUCGGUGCUGCUGGCUCAGUCUGUCUUCCUGCUGCUGAUCUCUCAACGACUGCCAGAGACGUCCAUGUCUGUCCCACUUAUUGUCAAAUACUUGAUGUUCAUCAUGGUGUUGGUGACGGUGGUGGUGUUGAACUGCGUGGUCGUCCUCAACCUUCACUUCAGGACACCGAGCACUCACAUCAUGUCUGAGUGGACCAAGACGUUCUUCCUGGAGCGGCUGCCCCGUAUCCUGCGUAUGUCCCAGCCAGAGGAGCCGGAGCCAAGCUGGGAUGGAGCACUGCCCCGGCGGUCCAGCUCAGUGGGCUACAUCGCCUCAGCAGAGGAGUACUACAGCGUCAAGUCCCGCAGCGAUCUGAUGUUUGAGAGACAGUCGGUGAGACACGGACUGAUGGCACGACCCACACAUGCAGCGAUCACGAAGCCUCAGGAUGAAGGAGGCGUGACGGAUCAGCUGUACACGGAGAUCAAGCCGGCCGUGGACGGAGCAAACUACAUCAUCAAACACAUGCGCAACAAGAACGACUACAACGAGGAGAAAGAUAACUGGAGUGGGAUCGCUCGUACGGUGGACCGUCUCUGUCUCUUCCUGGUCACCCCGGUGAUGACCCUCGGCACCAUCGUCAUCUUCCUCAUGGGAAUCUGUAACCACCCUCCACACCUGCCCUUCAAAGGGGACCCAUACAACUACAGAGAGGAGAACCCACGCCUACUGUAACACACACACACACCCCUUACAACACAAAGCCAUGUGCCUGUACCGGUGUCUGAACCCUGAAGUUUACUGCUUCUGAAUGAACACUGUUUUUGUUUGAUGACUUUUUAACUUUAAUUUGAAGUGAAAAUAAGUUUCCUGUUAUUCUGAUAUUAUUUGUGUGGUUUGAAUAAAAACAUAA